ACCCCUUAAAAAGCCCACGCGUUGUUGUACAAUAACCUUCAAAAUGACAAACAAAAAGCAGAAAAUUAACCCCAAAAAUUCUCUGCUGCCGCAGAGUUUCUCAAAUCAGAAAUUUCCAUAAAAUAAUAAUUCAUAUAUAUUCUGCGAGGGGUUCCGUGAUCGUUUUGGCUCAAUAGUUGGUUUGAUUUCGCCGACUGGAUUUCUGGUGGUUUUUUGCUGUUACAAAAUUCAAGUUUGGCAUGCUCGUGGAAUUGAAUGCUGCUGCUCCUCUCCUGGUUUGUGGAGGAGUCCAUUCCCUGUAACUAUGUCUUCUUCUGCGAAAAUUCUCUGCCCCCCAAAAAAUUCUGCUCCAGCAGACGAUUGGACUGUUGUCUUGCCGCGUCGAGGGAAGAGGAAUUGUAGUUCUCACAAGUUUGUGAUUCCAGCAAAAAAAAAAGAAAAGCAACCUUGGGCUCCAAUAGAUGUUGAAACAGACACCAAAAGAGAAUCAAAAUUGAUGCAAAAGAUGCAGAAUUAUAUCCAGAAACUUGAGAAUACUGAUUUCUGUCUUACUUUCUUCGACCAAAUGCAAAGUCCUGAAAUGACGAGUAGGUUUCUCAAGGCCUUGGGUUCAGAAGAAAAGAUGCAGAUGGUGAUAUAUGGUAUUGGUAGCAUUGAAUCAUUUGAACCCCCUCGAUUGCAGCUUAGUCUUGCACUUUUGAUGAAGAGGAAAUUUGAUUGGAUUGGAGCAAUAGAAAUAUUCGAUCCGAUAAUUUCUUUGACUGAAUUUAAGGUCUUGACAUCUCUGGGUUGUUCCGUGCUAUCCAUCAAUGAGCAAGGUCGCCGACUGGCGCAAAAACCUACAAUGUUCUUCAUGCCGCAUUGUGAGGCAGAGCUGUAUGACAAUCUCUUGGAAGCAAAUUGGAGAGUGGAUCGACUGAAGCGGCUUUUAUUGUUGGGGAAUAGUUUUAGUGCAUACGAGCAGCAUGUAUCAAUCUGCAAGAGUUUAGAUGUUGCCAAGACAAGGAAGCAUAUCUUGUCUGUCAGGAGAUUCACUGAAGAGUUUAGGGUCAAUACCUUUUCUGAUGAUUCUUUUCGAGCCUUUCAUGGUUCAAGUUGGCAUUUUUUCAACCCUGUUACUGAGGCAGAAUUGCAUUUGGCAAAUGACAGUUGAGUUUUCAGAUUAUGACGUUGAUUUAUAUGGUAGGCACAAUUAUACUCUUAGCCCUUGUUUACUUCGGCUCCAUUUGGUUCGUGUGAUUAGGUAUUAUACAAUUAUUUGUCAUGACUAUAUGUUUGGUUAGUAUUAUUACAAGCAGACGCAGUCUUAUUAA